ACGGACGAGCCCACUCUCAAGACUCCCCGUUCACCCACCAGGAAAGACUGUUCUUGGCUGAGCGAGGAGUUGCCGCUCUCUGUGACAUCCCCAGGAAGGACGAAAGCACCAUGAGUUCUGAGGAGAUGGUCUAUGACAUGUCAGGAUCGUGGCUUGCCCUCACUCUGUGCAUCACCAAAGGCCGAGAGGGAGCAGAGCCGGACAUUGUGGCACAGGAGAGGAUGUAUCGGACCCUGAGGUUUGAGAGCACUGUGAAGCGGAACCCACCUGCUCAGGGCUUUCGGGGCGAAGUGGCGCAUUUCAGAGAGGAGAUGGAAAAGCGGACAGACCCCAUAAGCUGCUGCUUCGUGGUCCUCAUGGCCCACGGGAAGGAGGGACGCCUGCUAGGGGCAGACGGGCAGGUGGUGGAACUGGAGGAGCUGUAUGAUGUCCUGACUAACAAGACCUGCAGGGCACUCCUGGGCAAACCCAAAGUGUUCAUCCUGAAGGCCUGCCUUGGGGACCAGAAGGACACAGGCGAGAUGUUGAGGACAGAGCAGGUCCUGACCACCAUGUUUCAGGAGCUUCCAAAGAUCCCAACUUUCACGGACACCCUGCAUGUCUACUCCACUGUGGAAGGGUACAUCGCUUACUGGAACGUUAAGGAAGGCUCCUGUUUAAUCCAGACUCUGGUGGACGUCUUCAUCACGGGGAAAAGUAAUAUUCUGAACCUACUGACUGAGGUAACCAGGUGGAUGGCAGAGGCCAAGCUGGUCUGGGAAGGCCAGGUGAGGAAGGUCAACCCGGAAAUCUACAGCACCCUGAGGAAGCAGCCGUACCUGCAGUAG